GGCAACAGCAUGUUGUGUUUGUUUCAGAUCACCACCUCGGCAGGCUGGGACGGCCUUUUGGCGCCCAUGUUAAAUACCAAUGAAUCCGAAUGCAACCCGAAUAAAACCUUCCCUGGCAGCCAGGUUAAAGGCGACUGCGGGAACCCGCCCAUCGGGAUUUUCUUCUUCGUCAGCUACGUCAUCAUAUGCUUCCUGAUCGUGGUGAACAUGUACAUCGCCGUCAUCCUGGAGAACUUCAGCGUGGCCACCGAGGAGAGCGCCGAGCCUUUGAGCGAAGAUGACUUCAAUAGGUUUUACGAGGUUUGGGAGAAGUUCGACCCGAAAGCCACUCAGUUCAUGGAUUACGACAAGUUGUCAGACUUCGCCAAUUCUCUGGAUCCGCCUCUGCGAAUCCCCAAGCCCAACCGACUGCAGCUGAUCUCCAUGGAUCUGCCGAUGGUGAGCGGCGAACGCAUCCACUGUCUGGAUAUC